GCGUUACGCGCGUACAUGGUACGCGAGGUACGCGCUUGGUGUGUUCGCGGCUUAAGGAUCGCCCACCUGAUUGCAAAACUUGCUCGUGAAUAAAAAUCACUUUGCAUUCAUAUUUGUUUUUGACAAAGGUGUAAGCUGGAACCAAAUCCUGUAUGAAUAUGUAAAUCCAUGUUCUUCUAGAGGCACAGAAAGAGACCAGCCGACAGAGAGAAGAACCUGCCUGAAGAACUGAAACCACCGCCACCGCAGCCGCCAUGGACCGGCCACUCUUAUGGAUCCUUCUACUCACCUACGCCUUGAGUGGCGUCCUAGGCAGGCACGUAUUCGUGGACCAGCCCAGGGGAUGGGCCGACGCACAGAAAACAUGCAGGGCUGAGCACACCGACCUCUCCCCCGUAACCAGCGUGCGUGACACCGACGGGCUCCGCAAGGCCUCCGGGGGUACACUGAAGUGGGGCUGGGUGGGUCUCCACAAAAACAACAGCGUCUGGCGGUGGUCCGGUGGGGGCGUCCUCACCGACUACCAACCGUGGGAAGACACGGAACCCAACAACUGGGGUGGAAUAGAGUGGGUCGGACUUAUCAACCCCAACGGGGAGUGGUACGAUGCCCAUCAGCCCAAUCCGUGGUCCUUCUUCUGCAUCAGCCUGACGCUGGUGAGUGAGAACCUGCGGUGGGAGGAGGCGCUGGAGCACUGCAGGCGGCAGGAGGGCGACCUCCUCGCCAUGCCCUCCGACACCCGGCACCUGCUGGCCCUCAGCGAGCUGCAGAAGACACAGACCCAGCGCGUGUGGGUCGGCCUGCGGUACCUCCGGAACCGCUGGCUCUGGGUGAACGGGGACCCGAUGGGGUUCCAAAGCUGGAGCAAGGCAGGAGGAAGAAGCCCCAGAGACAACGGAGAGGAGACCCUGCCCCGGGAGCCCCGCUGCCCGGCCCUGGACGGCUCCUGCGGGGCCUUGACCAGAGAGGGGCUUUGGGAAGCUCGCGACUGUCGGGAGAAACUCAGCUUCAUUUGUGACUAGCGCAUUGUUUGGUAUUGUGCAGCUUUAUAGUACUAAGUUCUCAUAUGCAGACAUUUUAAAAAAUAGGACUAUCUUUGACCUUUUGUACGAUUAACAUUAGAGGCAGCAAACAGUAAAAUACUUUUUUUGUAAGCGGUGACAUGAUUAAUGUGUGCAGGGGAAGAGGACUUUACUGUGAUACAUUUUUCUGAUUUACCCUUCCCUGUAAUGAAUGUUAUGAUUUCACACGGGCCGGGGACAUUGUCUCUCAACAGCUUGUGGCCGUAACAUAGGUGUCCAUUCAAAAUGGCUAUUGCUACUCAAAUAGAAUGGACGGUACGUCACACACUGACACCUAAAAUGGUCCAUUAAAAC